UACCGCGACCAUGGCGACGUACGACAAACACGCGGAAGCCGGCCACGGCACUGCGGCCAGCAGCAAUGGCUCUCAAGACAUGGUGGAGGACCUCAACAACAAGUUGGGAUAUGGCGAGGAGCGCGAUGCACACAACCGUGCGGAUAUCCGCGAAGAGGACAAUCCCAAUGUCUACCCUCACGUAGGUAACACCCGCGCGUCGUGCGACCGGGAAGAAAGUUGAGCGACAGCUGACCACGCGACCAGAUGUGCUGGCAGCUCUUCGUGGCGUUGACUGCCAUGUCCUUCCUCUGGGUCGGCUCACAAAUUCCUCUCUAUCUCUAUGGAUCCGUCCUGCCUGACAUCUACGCCGAAAUUGGAGGUGCCGAUGGCAAAUACCUAUGGAUGGUCAUCGGAUACCUGAUUCCCAACUCUGCGCUCUGCCCCUUCGUCGGUGCGCUUUCUGAUCUCUUCGGUCGUCGCUGGGUCGCAGCAUUCGGCCAAGUAUGUCUCCUCAUCGGUCCCAUCAUCGUCUCUACCGCACACGACAUGAACGUGGCCAUUGGCGGUAUGGUCAUCUGCGGUCUCGGCGCUGGAUUCAACGAGCUGAUCGCGCUCGCUGGUACUGCUGAGUUGGUCCCUGUCGCCAAGCGUGGAAUGUACGUCGGACUGGUCGUCUUCACGAUUCUGCCAUUCUGUCCUUCACCACUCUGGGCACAGCUUAUUACGCAAGCUGCUGGCAACUGGCGAUUCGUUGGUAUUCUCGUCGGUGUCUGGAAUUUCAUCGGCCUGAUCUUGGUCGUUUUCUUCUACAAGGAUCCCGUUCGUCUGGAGGCUGCUCGUCCGGCCAAGGAGAUUCUCCGCGAGAUCGACUACAUCGGUGGUCUUCUCAGCACAUUCGGUGUCACUCUGUUCAUGAUGGGUCUGCAAUGGGGUGCUCGUCAGUACGAGUGGGGCUCUGCUCACGUCCUCGUGCCCUUCAUUCUCGGUAUCCUCAUCAUCAUCGGCUUCUUCGUGUGGGAAAUUAAGCUGGCUCCAUACCCUAUGGUCCCCGCUGGUGUGUUCAAGAAAGACAAGCGCACCAUGAUCGCCGCUCUCCUCAUCACAUUCUUCAGCGGUGGCAACUUCUUCGUGGUCUUGCUCUUCUGGCCCACCCAGGUCUACAACAUGUACGGCAAUGACCCUCUGCAAAUCGGUAUCAGGACACUGCCCAUUGGUUUCGGUAUCAUUUUCGGAUCCGUGCUCAGCUUGGUCUUGUUCGGUGUCGCCAAAGGACGCACUACUGCACUCAUGAUCUUCUGGACCGCCCUCAUGACGGCUUUCACCGGAGCCAUGUCGAUUGCCACCACCUCCAACUUGAACCCCACAAUCUACGCAAUUCUCACACUCUCUGCCAUCGGUAUCGGUGCGGUCAUCAUUCCCAUCUCGAUUAUCGCGCAGGUCGUCGCUCCCGUCGAGUACAUUGGUGUCGUUACCGCCGUCACCCUCUCGAUCCGUUACAUUGGUGGUGCCAUCGGUUUCACCGCAUACUACAACGCCUUCUUCCACAAGUUCGAGACUGAGUACGUUCUACCAGCCGGCUUCAACGUCGCCGUCGCAGGCAUCACAUCCGAUUACCCAACGCUGUUCCGACUCCUCACAUUGGGCGCCCAAGCACAAUAUGCCGACCUUCGCGCAUACAUUGAGCAGAGCCCUCUUGUCUUCCGCAAGGACGUGGCAUACGAUAUCAUUAUCGAGAACUUGCAAGAAGCUUUUGCGCUCGCAUACCGAUGGCCAUAUUGGAUCAGUAUUGCAUUUGGUGUCAUUUCUCUCAUUUGCGCGUGCUUCAUGCGCGAUAUUCGACACUACAUGUAGAGAGAGCGAAAUGGAAAAGAAUUUAGGAGGAGGAAAUUUGUACAGAUGUUAAUCAUGACGAGGAAUGAUGAUGACGACGGUUUUUGAAGUGGAGAUGGGCAAACGGUCCAGAGGU